GUUGUGACAUGUGAGUGAUAUCAGCCUAAAGUUUUAUUUGUUUAAAAAAUAUUGUGUAUUACUUUUAUUUGCGUUUAAAUGUUUUUUAUAAAAGUUUGCAUCGAAAAUGGAACCCUCCCACAUUAAUGCCUUUGCAUUGUCCUUCGAUAAAAAUCGAUUGAGCUAUUGCGGCCAAGACUGUCAAAGGAUACCGCCAUCUUUAUGGAAUAUGUAUGGAACUAAAGUUUAUUACCUGGAUCUAAGUUACAAUAACAUUGAAACUUUAAAAGGUCUGGAAAAUUUCAAGGGAUUGGAAGAAUUAAUAUUAGACAACAAUAAAUUAGGCGACACUGUUAAUUUUCCACACUUACCGAGAUUGAGGACUUUAUCGAUAAAUAAGAAUCAGAUAUCAGAUUUGGAUAGAUUGAUAAAUGAAAUAAGUAAGAAUUUCCCAUCACUGACAUACCUGAGUCUUUUGAGUAAUAAAGCAUGUCCGAACCAGCUCUCUGAUAAUGAUAAAGACGACGCUGACUACCAAAGAUACAGAUAUUUUGUACUGUACAAACUGCCAAAUUUACGGUUUUUGGAUUCAAAACGAGUUUCAACGGCAGAAAGUAAGGAAGCGGCCACACGUGGCGAGUUUAUGCGCGUGCGCAGACCCACCGGCGAUAAAAACUCCUCCGUGGUGUUGCCUACAGGCACCACUUUGAGACCCUUACCUGUGGACCUAAACGCAUUGGGCAAACAUAAAGGUGCUUACGGAAAAUGCCUUUAUAAAUAUACGGGCAAACAUUCAGAGGGGAACAGGUUUAUACUCAAUAGUGAUUUAUGAUCAUGAUAUAUCAAGAUAUUGGUGAUGUAGAUAGUUAUUUGUAUAAUUAUAUUGAUAAACACACGCAACAGUGUACCAGAUAUUUACUUUUCAAAUAUAUGAAAAACUAUUUUGGUAACGAGAUUAUGUCGCACUAAGGUCUACCCUCCGUCUGUGGAGGUUUCUAUUCCCCGACAAUGCCUGUCUAUUAUGGUAACUAAAAAUAAAUCUCGGAAUUUGAAUUUUAACUUUAAUCACCGAUUCC